AUGCCUCCCCGGAAAAGCGACGCCGCGUCGCGAAAAACGGACACCAGUGCAAGCGCGGCUGCGGUAGCAGCCGACAGCCGUGCAACGGCUGUACAAGAUGCACCGAGCCCAACCGCGGUGCAAGUUACGUCAGACCUCGUAGAGCCAACGGUGGCAGCCGAUACACGGCCAACGAGCUCCGGAAAGCCAGGCGCCGAGAGGGAGAAGGACAAGGAGAAAGAGAAAGAGAAGGAGCACCCAAAAUCGCGAAACAACGAUGCGGUAACGAUCGAGGACCUGAACAUGCCACGUUCAAUCGUCACACGGCUGGCCAAGGGCGUGCUGCCACCCAACACGCAGAUCCAAGGCAGCGCAAUUACGGGCAUGAGCAAGAGCGCGACUGUGUUCAUCAGCCACCUCGCCAAUGCCGCCAAUACCCUGACGACCAACGCCGGGAAGAAGACCAUCAUGCCGGCAGACGUGUUUGCCGCACUCGAUGACAUUGAAUUUGGCUUCAUGCGCGAACAGCUCGAGGCAGAGUUUGCGAAGUUUACCCACAUCCAGACGUCCAAGCGUUCUGACUACCGGAAGCGCGUAGCGGCCGCAAAGAAGGGCACCGAUGGUGACAAGCAGGGCGACGGCGAGGGCGCUGACGAUGCUGAUGUCAGUGCUAUGGGCGGUGUCGAUGGUGAUGUGUCGUUUGCCGCUGCGUCCGAGGCAGGUGAGGCGGCCGGCACGUCCAGCGCAAAGAGCCGCGAUGCGCCACCACAGGCCAAAAAGGUCAAGCGGGCACCCAAGGCCGGCAAAGCCAACAGUGAGGAUGACGAGGCCGAAGUAGAUGAAGAGGACAUUGAGAUGGCCGAAGGCGAGGGGGACGAAGAGGAGGAAGAGGAGGACGAGGAGGACGAGGAGGACGAGGAUGAAGAGGAAGAAGCAGAGGGAGAGGGCGACGAAGAUGACGAGGACGACGAAGAGGAAGGGGGCGAUGGCGAUGACGACAUGGACCGGGAAGAUGCACCAGACGACGACGAAGCACUGGACAGUGAGAGCAGUGAAUAA